AUGCCUUUGGCAGGUGGAAUUCCUGCGCCUACUAUUACUCCUUUGCGUCUAAACACAUCUGGAAAAUCUUUAACAACGAUUGACACGGGAACUUUUGUUGAACUUGCAGUUGGUAACGACUCUACAAAUAGCUUUCAAAUAAUUUAUUUAAUUAAUUUUUUUCGUGUUGCAAUCGCAUUUUUAGUGACAAAAGCUGAAAGUCAUAUUGUGAGUAAAACCUUUACAGUAACCGACCUCAGUCGGUCCAGUAGUAGCGACAGUAUUGCUGGUGAAGAAUAUUCCACAUCGAUUGUUCCUGCUCACAAUAAUAUUCACAGUACUAUGGACGACCCAAUAGAUAGUUUCUUAAAAAAGAACACCGAUCAGGGCUUUGCUGCAACUAACCACUCUGGAACUCAAAUAAACGUUUAUGGUAGUGUUCCCGGCGUUGGCUGGGACAUGAAAACACCGGAUGGAAACAAUUUUAGUAGCAACUUUUUGCCUCCCAUGCAGCAACCGAUCUAUUCUUCACCUUUAAUCCCCCAGGAACCGGGAGUCAGCCAGCAACAACUCACUGCUGUCGUUAAUCAUUUAAGCCAGUUUAUUGACCAGAUGCGUCAGAGGACGGUGCUGGAAGUUCGCGAGUCCUUGACGCAAGCAAUCGGGCACAUUCUAAAGGCGAUUCCAAAGCAACAGCCCCCUCCUCCACCAAAUCCUGUUGUUCAACCAGCUGUCGAAUUUCCCCUCGGAAAAGGGCAACUGGGGCAGAUCUUCCAACAGUUUAACAACUACGCUAUGGCUAAUUCCAGAAUCUUGUACGAAAUCUCUAGCGCUGAUAUGGGCAAGGUUAUUAAAGGAGACCUUGAAGACGCAGACGAUAAAUAUGUGUUAAAAAUUGAAUUGGAGAAGAAUAUUCAGAGGCCCAUGUUGGAAAAUAAAGGAUCUGCAGCACAGUCGAGGGGCGAAAAGAAGACACCAGGCGUUGUUGUACAUGAGUCCACAAUGUUAACUACGUUUUCUCCCCAUUUUAAGAAAUCAGAAUCGGAAACAGAACCUCAACAUCGAAAGGAGACCACAUCUGAAACAAAAAAAGGGAAAAAACCACAAGAAACACCUGAACACGUCUACUUCGAAACAGAGGAAUAUGUUAGUGAAGGCACUUUAAAACCAGCCACUGACUUUGACUGCAACGCCGACUGCCAUCGAUUACGGAAAGCCAUGAAGGGUCUGGGCACCGACGAAAAGGCCAUCGUCGAUGUGCUUGGCCGCAGAUCGAUAAGCCAGCGGCUCAGUAUUGUACGCCAGUUCAAGACCCUCUUUGGGAUGGACCUCAUCGACAAGUUGAAUGACGAGAUCAGUGGCAAUUUCUUUAAAGUCUGUCGAGCACUCUGCUUGGAGCCAGAUUUAUUUGACGCAGAACAGUUGCGUGAAGCUCUUAAAGGAGUUGGGACAGACGAGGACUGCCUCAUUGAAAUCCUCUGCUGUCGCACAAACGGGCAGAUCGCAAGGAUUAAGGAAACAUACAAAAAAGCGUUCAACCGUGAUCUUGAAAAGGACAUCAUCGAUGACACCUCGGGUCAUUUUCAAAGACUUUUAGUCUCGAUAUUGCAAGGAAAUAGAGACGAAAGUGUGAAAUUUGAACGUAAAAAAGCACGCGAAGACGCAGAAGCGCUUCUCGAGGCAGGUCAAAAGAAGUACGGCACGGAUGAAUCAAAGUUUAAUGAAAUUUUGAUAUCUCGUUCAAACGCUCAUCUGCGGGCUGUGUUCGAAGAAUACGAAAAGAUUAGCAACAAAAGCGUUGAAGACGCUCUUAAAUCAGAGAUGUCCGGGGACUUGCUGAGAGGUUUUUUGAGCAUAGUACGAUCUAUACAAAACAAGCCUGCGUUUUUUGCAAAAGCACUUCAUCGCGCAAUGAAGGGCAUGGGUACGGACGACAGCUCGUUGAUAAGAAUAAUUGUAACAAGAUGCGAAAUAGACAUGGUGCAGAUAAAAGCGGCAUUCAAGGAAGCAUACAAGCAAACCCUCGGCGAGUUUAUCAGGGACGACACUUCCGGCGAUUAUCGGAGGAUUAUGCUCACUUUGAUAGGCGAAGAAAAUCUCGCCAACAAAUGA